GCCGGGGAGGGCCGGGUCCGCGAAAGCAAGCUCCUCCUUGGCGCGACGCGGCGCUGCGUAGUUGACCGGGUUUCCCCCCGCGAGGGUCCGCGGGAGUCUGAUCGGCCGGGAAAGCGGUGGUAGCCAGGGGCAUGGGCGGCCGGGCGACCUAGCGUCCCACACAGGAAGGAGCUCGCGGCCACUCGGGCAGGCCGGGAUCUCGGCGUCCGGAGCCGAGGAGCAGCGGGCGCACCGGAAUCCGCCGGCCGCCACCAUGAACGGAGAGGCCAUCUGCAGCGCCCUGCCCACCAUUCCCUACCGCAAGCUCGCCGACCUGUGCUACUUGAGCCGCGGCGCCUCUGGCACCGUGUCGUCCGCCCGACACGCAGACUGGCGCGUCCAGGUGGCUGUGAAGCACCUGCACAUCCACACCCCGCUGCUCGACAGUGAAAGAAAUGACGUCUUAAGAGAAGCUGAAAUUUUGCACAAAGCAAGAUUUAGUUACAUUCUUCCUAUAUUGGGAAUUUGCAAUGAGCCAGAAUUUUUGGGAAUAGUUACUGAAUACAUGCCAAAUGGAUCAUUAAAUGAACUCCUACAUAGGAAAAUUGAAUAUCCUGAUGUUCCUUGGCCAUUAAGAUUCCGCAUCCUGCAUGAAAUCGCACUUGGUGUAAAUUACCUGCAUAAUAUGAAUCCUCCUCUACUUCAUCAUGACUUGAAGACUCAAAAUAUCUUGUUGGACAGUGAAUUUCAUGUUAAGAUUGCAGAUUUUGGUUUAUCAAAAUGGCGCAUGAUGUCUCUCUCACAAUCACGAAGUAACAAAUCUGCUCCAGAAGGAGGGACAAUUAUCUAUAUGCCACCUGAAAACUAUGAACCUGGACAGAAAUCAAGGGCCAGUGUCAAACAUGAUAUAUAUAGCUAUGCAGUUAUCAUGUGGGAAGUGUUAUCCAGAAAACAGCCUUUUGAAGAAGUCACCAAUCCUUUGCAGAUUAUGUACAGUGUGUCUCAAGGACAUCGACCUGACACUACAGAAGAAAGUUUGCCAUUUGAUAUACCUCAUCGAGCAGUCAUGACCUCUCUAAUAGAAAGUGGAUGGGCACAAAAUCCAGAUGAAAGACCUUCUUUCUUAAAGUGUUUAAUAGAGCUUGAGCCAGUUCUGAGAACAUAUGAAGAGAUAACUUUUCUUGAAGCUGUUAUUCAGCUAAAGAAAACAAAGUUACAGAGUGCCUCGAGUACUGUUCACUCAUGUGACAAGAGGAAGGAGGUGUCUCUGAACAUACCUGUAAAUCAUGGUCCCCAGGAGGAAUCAUGUGGAUCCUCUCAGCUUCAUAAAAGCAGUAGUUCUCCUGGAACCUCUAGGUCCCUGUCAACUCCCCAAGAAAACGACUUUUUAUCUGGAAAAACUCCAGACUACUCUUCUAUGAAUCUACAUCAGUCAGUAAAUCACAGUUGGGAUAGUACUGUUGCUGCAUCUCAGAGGGCUGUAUUCUGUGAUCACAAGACCACCCCUUGCUCUUCAACAAUAAUAAAUUCAUUCUUAACUGAGAGGUAUUCAGAGCGUCUACAACCUGGUAUAGCCCAACAGUGGAUCCAGAGCAAAAGGGAAGACAUUGUGAACCAAAUGACUGAAGCCUGCCUUAACCAAUCACUAGAUGCCCUCCUGUCCAGGGACUUGAUCAUGAAGGAGGACUAUGAACUUAUUAGUACCAAACCUACAAGGACUUCAAAAGUUAGACAAUUAUUGGACACCAGUGACAUCCAAGGAGAAGAAUUUGCUAAAGUUAUAGUACAAAAGUUGAAAGAUAACAAACAAAUGGGUCUUCAACCCUACCCAGAAAUACUAGUGGUUUCCAGACUACCAUCUUCAAAUUUCCCUCAAAAUAAAAGUUUAUAAGUAAGUCUUUUUCAAGAAGAAAAGUCAGUUUAUAGAAGAUUAUUUAUAUCUCUGUUACAUUGACAUUGUUUUUACAAAAUCCAUAUGAGUAUUACAAGCUUUACUGAAGAUUUUUUUUUUGGAGGGCAAAUGUUAUCUCCUUCCAUGAUAUUGCAGUAUUUUUUUAAGUUAUCAUAAGUAAAAAGUCUGCAUUUUUGCUACAUGUUUCAAUUUUACAUGUCUCUUUCAUUAAUUAGAACUAUGUUUAGUGUAAUAAUGUUCUUGUACUUAAAAGUUGUCUUAAAGUAUCGUGUGUUUCUGAUAGAAGCCAUUUGCACACUCAUUUUCUCUGUGGAUUAUUUAUUACUCAUCUAAGAUUUGAUCUUUAUGAAGUGUAGACCCUCUAUAGACAAACCAGAAAUAGCAAAGCAUUCCUACUCUGUCUUCCCAGAUUCAGAUUCUCUCUAAAAAAUCAUUCAUUCUAAACUCCAUGUUCCAGGUUACAUUUUUCCUAUAAAACAGGAUUAUUUCAAGGAAUACUCUUAAUAGCAUUAUCUGCCCCGACUUUUUAAAAUUUUUUUUGGGGGGGGCCUUUAUUUUAUUUAUUUUAUUUUAUACGCGGUGCUGAGAAUCGAAUCCAGAGCCUCACACAUGCUAAGCAAGUGCUCUACCGCUGAGCUACAACCUCACCCCCCUGCCCCAACUUUUAACCUUAGCCCUACCCACUGUCAAUAACAACCAAGUUCACUAAGGUUAGCAGCCUGAUGUGUAUUCUCAUGCACCUCUUCUUGCUCAUAACAAAGUAUAUGCUAAUUUGAGAGAAGGUCAUUUCUUAAUAUUAUUAUCUUUAAACAUCAUCCUGCAGCCUACUUUUUGCAUUUAGUAGAACAGCAUGUAUAACUGUCCAGAUCAAAUAUAGAUCUAACUAUUUAAUUGCUGCACAGUAUUCAGACUGCUUUUUUUCUUUUUUCUUCUUCACCCCAACUGUAGCCCAAUCAGUAAAGGUACAAUGUGAACGUUUUUUUAAUAAUGGGCUAUAUCACUAAAUGAAAACCUACAAGGAAUAGUAGCCUUUUCCUGAAAAACAUCUAACAAAAUCAGUAAAAAGUAAGAUACAAGAUAAAUUUGAAAGUACAAAUUUUCAAGAAACCCCAGACCCAUAACUUGAAAAAAAAUAAAUAAAAGAAAUUAACUGGAAGAAAAACGAAUAAAAGAAAUUUGAUGGCA